AUGGAGAAAGGCGUUUUUGACAUCCAACUGAUGAACGAGCCAGUGGCACGACGCGGCAAGGUGAAGGACGGUGCGGAUCGACGCCGACUUGACGACCGGGGAGAACGUUUGAUGGAAGUCCACCCCCGGUCGCUGGGAGAAGUCGCCGGAGAGGACUACGGGGACGUGGUUGUGGAUGUUGAGCAGCACGAGGGUGGAUGCUGGGGGAGGAUCAGGGUCGGCAAAGAGAUUGGAGCCGGCGGAUCCAUGAUGGGCUGGCCAUUGAGAAGGGCAGCGGAGGGUGGGAAGGGGCAGCGGAAGGUGGAGUUGCUGAUCGGAACGGCGUGGAUUGGGGGCCAAACCCGGCCACUGGUGGAUCCUAUCCACGCUGGGAGGACAACCCACGUGAGUGCAAAAUUCGCAUUUGGGAAGACGUGGACGGGAGCGAAUCCAACUCUACCCCCCUCAAACCGCGUGGGUGUCGCGCAUCUCCACUUAUGGCCGGGAACGUCUCCGCGUGAGUCUCGCGUCGCUCCUCUCGGCGCCGACGCCGACGCCGACGCUCCGCUCCGCAACCGAGACCGGCAGCGGCCAGUGGAUCAGGGUUGGAGUCAGAUCGAGACGGUGGCAAGAUUCUGGGGUCUCCAAGAUCGUGUGGUGACUGACACGGAGUGCAUCCACGAGUUCGUGCCCUACGAGGGUGACACAGUGUCCAGAAACUUCGCCGUCGUCGACCACGACAUCUUCUCGAGCUCCGACCUCCCAGGCAUCGACCUCACGGUACGCACCAGAUCCCUUGCCCCAGCCAUACUCCAAUAUAGCAUGGUUAAAUUUGAUGGGUGGAUUAGUGUUCGGUUGGAUUUGUGGGUUGUUUUGAUGGGGAUCUGGCCAUCAGGUGGAUUGAAUUGGGGAUCAGUGCUGCAGGUGCCUUGCGAGUAGUCUGGUUUGGAUGAUAAUGUGCUGUUUUGCUGCAGGUUAGGACCCUACGGUUGUUUGGAUUUUUGGUUUUGUGGGAAGGAGUAUUUUUUGGGGUGAAAUUUGACGUCAAUUUCAUUUCUUCCCAAUUAAAAAUAGUGAAAGUGUUAGUUUCAUUCAGGAAGUUCAGUCCGGGUUCAGAAGCUUCAGAGUUUCAGAAGCUUCAGAGUUUCAGAAGCUAGUGUUAUUUUUAUCUAAUAAAACUGAACCAGUCUGUACACCAGAAUCGCACUUUGUUAGCUGUGCGGCAAGUCACGUAGUUGCAGUUUUCUCCUUCUGGGGAAUUGGGUUUUUUUUUGUGCGGCAAGUCACGUAGUUGCAGUUAUUUUUAGCUAAUAAAACAGAACCAUGUCUGUUGUGGUGAUUAGCUGCUCAAUACCUGGUUUUCUCCUUCUGGGGAAUUGGGUUAGCAUUAUAUUAAUCAAAAGCAACGUUGUGGUAACGUGGAGUACUGACUUCCCCCCACAUGAUACUCUGGUCCUUUUAAACGAGGAACAAGCGAAAAAAGAGAUCCAGAUGCUUUUUCCUCCUGUGCAGCAACAGAUAGAGAUACAAUAAUCCAGUACCGUUCCAAAUAAGAUAAAUAUGUGCGCUACAAUGACCAGUGCAAAAAUCAGUACCAAGAUCAGAGGGAAACAUCGCACAUUUCACAUAUAAGUAACCUCAAUUUGGACAUUUGUUUGGACAUUUGUUUUGAGCUAGUAGUUUCACUGUGCUAUACUUAUUCUUUGCUUGGAUAUGCAUCUGUGCCUGAGUAGAAAGGAGGGCUGCCCUCUUGCCCCAUAUUUGGCAGUUUGGGCCUUUUCUGUUGAACUUUUAGAUGUGUACUUCUGUGUAGUCCUUUCACAUGUUUAGUAGUGAAGAAUUCAUUUUUGAGUGGAAACCAUUUAUUUCAGAUGUGUGAUAACUUGUUUCUAUACAUGUGUUUUGGUAGAUUAUCGGUAGCUUCUCCUUUCUCCUUUUUUGUGAUGCCUUCUUUCAGAAUCAUAG